AUGAGCAAGGGUGCCUUCGACGUUGUGCAGACGCACCUGGUGGUCUGGCUGCAGAAAGGCAGCUGCGACUCAAGCAAGGCCCCCAGGGAUCGGGAAUACCAGGUGGUGGACUGGCGAGCCUACCGGCGGCUAUUCAAGGAGGACACGAGUGGCAGGGACAUUAUGCAGCACCAGGCACUGAGGGCGGCGCGGCGGCGUGCAGAACGGCAGGCCUUGAGCAAGGGCCUACCCGAACUCUGGACCUGUUUCCGGAGGGUCGACGCCGUCUGCAGACGCCACGCUCGCAGGCGCAGGAACCAGGGAUGGGUGAGCGUCUGCGUCACCAUCGACAGCUCAAAGGAUGGAGCCCGUGCCUGGCGCCUGCUGAAGUGCCUGCUGAUGGUGCCCAGGGCUUACAACCAGGUGCUGUCCGUGGCUGUCCUCCUUGCCAUUCCGGCCUCCGAGCUGGCCGAAUGCCUGGCCGACCAGUUCGCCAGCAGAGAGCCUCCUGCUCCUGGGGCUCUACGUCUCCUGGGGCUCUACAACGACGUCUGGAAUACCGGGGAGCUCCCGGAGUCCUGGCGAACUGCGGUGGUGGCACCCAUCCUGAAGCCCCGGAAGAAAGCCACGGCGCUCUCCUCAUACAGGCCAGUAUCGCUCACCUCAGCAGCGUGCAAGGUGCUGGAGAGGGUGGCACUGGAGAGAAUGCAGUGGAUCGCCGACCAACUGGAUUUCUUCCCGGAGCAACAGACUGGCUUCAGGAGACACCGGUGCACUGCCGACUCCAUUGCAGACGUCGUCGCCACCCUGGAGGAUGCCAAGAGCUGCGGGGACGUGGCAAUGCUGCUGCUGCUGGACGUGGAGAGCGCCUUCGACGAUCUCCCGCACGUUGUCGUCGAGGCGGCCAUGUUCCGGCUUGGCAUCAGCGGGUGCCUCCGAGGCUUCGUGUCCGCCGUCCUGUCCGGGAGGACCUUCUGCGUCCGUGUUGGAGGGGUGACCAGCCAGCCUAGGGACAUCACUACCGGUGUCCCACAAGGUUCUGUGCUAAGUCCUUUUCUCUUCAACAUGGCGCUGGCAGGACUUCCAGCCUCCCUCCCGACAGACACCAGGUUCCCGGCCCGCUGCUCCGUCUACGCUGAUGACGUGGCACUGUGGGCAAGGGGACCAAGGCGGUCCAUUCCUGCCAUCAGGAGGUCACUGCAGGCAGCCCUGGAUGCAGUGAUCUCCUUCCUCGGAAGCAUCGGCCUCAAAGUCUCUGCCACCAAGACCGAGGCUCUGCUGAUCCAUCCACUCGCUGCGGCACGGGUCUACGUGAAGCCACUGAGAGUCGGCAACCGCAGUCUUCCCUGGAGAAAGGAGGUGAGGUACCUGGGCCUCACUGUCAACCACCGGCUCACCUGGAUCCCCGCUGCGAAGGCCGCCGCCACCAAGGUCCGACGAGUUCAAGGGGCCAUCGGCAAACUUCAGCAGCGUGGCCGUGGAUGCUCCACGAAGUGGGCGCUGCGGCUCAACCAGGCCGCGGCGUCCUCCAUGCUGCUGUAUGCCCUGUCGCUGGUGAACCUGACGCCAGCCAGGAGAUCCCUGCUGGAGGGACUGCACAGAGGAGCCGUGAGGACCAUCCUAGGGCUCCCCAGGUGCUCCCCUGUUGCAGCGACGCUUGCGGAGGCGAGAGAGUGGCCCCUGACGCUACGCAUGCUCCAGCGAGCGUUGGGGCACAUCGACCGCCUCCACCGUGCCGCGGACGGUGCAGCCCUUUUGGAACGCUUGCGCAGCCUGCCAGGAUCCAGGAUGGGAGGCCUCCUCCCAUUGUACCACCAGAUGGUAUUGGAUCCACCAGCCCCUGUUGCCUCUCCGCCGCCACACCACCGGCCCCCUGAGGUGCACCUCCACCUGGCUGGGGCAACGAAGCGACGAACUCCUGCAGCAGCACUGCAGCAGGCAGCCUCCUGCAAGCUCCAGGAGCAACUAGAGGGUCGGCUGCAGGUUUUCACGGAUGGAUCCGUGAUGCCAGAUGGGACUGCAGCGGCGGCUUGCGUCGUCCCUGCACGGACCAGAAGCAGGCAGUGUAGGCUGCCUUUCCCGGCCAGUUCAACGGCGGCAGAGCUGGCCGGACUCCACCUGGCAGCUGACCUACUGGCAGAGGACAUCCCAUCAGAGCCUGUCGCCGUCCUCUGUGACGGCAAGGCAGCACUACAGAUCCUGGCCAACCAUCGAGACACCGGACUGACCGGAAGCCUCCUGGCGGCCAAGUACCGUGCCCUUGCUGCAUCUGGUGCGUCCGUCUCCUUCCACUGGCUGCCCUCCCAUGUGGGCAUAGCUGGUAACGAGGAGGCAGACGCGCUUGCCAAGGCAGCACACCAGCCUGGCACCCCCAUCACCCGGGCCGUCGCGGCUAGGGACUACACGCAGGCCCGUCUCAAGAAGCUCCUGGUCACGGUCCACCCAGAUUCAAGGGUGGCCAGUGGACGAGGGCCAAAGCUGCUACCAGAGACGGGCCUCACCAGGAGAGAUCGGUCUGCCCUGCUGCGCCUGCGGACUGGCUGUGUGUAG